AUGUCGUCCGUCGAAAUCACCACCCCAAACGGUCACCACUACCAACAACCCACGGGCCUGUUUAUCAACAAUAAAUUUGUCCCGUCAUCUGGAGGGACAAUUGUUUCGCUUGACCCAGCAACCGACACACCAAUUGCAACCGUCCACGCCGCCGGCGCUGAAGACGUCGACCAAGCCGUCAAAGCAUCGCGUGCAGCCCUAGUUCAUCCAUCAUGGAAGCAACUUCCCGCGACAGAUCGCGGACGGUUAAUGGGCAAACUGGCGGAUUUGAUAGAGGACAAGCAAGAGCUUUUUGCCUCGAUUGAUGCGUGGGAUAAUGGAAAACCAUACCACGUCGCAUUGAGCGAUGAUCUCACAGAAGCCAUCACGACGAUCCGCUACUACAGCGGCUGGGCGGAUAAGACCUUUGGACAGACUAUCAAUACAACCCCGGAGAAGCUCGCGUAUACUCUCCGCCAGCCCAUCGGGGUUGUCGGCCAGAUUAUCCCAUGGAACUAUCCCCUGUCCAUGGCAACGUGGAAAUUGGGCCCUGCCUUGGCAUGUGGGAAUACAGUGGUUAUCAAAGCUGCUGAGCAGACACCGCUGAGCAUUCUGGUGCUGGGGACUCUUAUCAAAGAGGCAGGCUUCCCGCCGGGUGUGGUAAAUAUCAUCAACGGCUACGGCAAGGAAGCCGGCUCAGCACUCGUGCAGCAUCCCGACGUCAACAAAGUCGCAUUCACAGGAUCUACCAGAACCGCACAGCAAAUCAUGAAAAUGGCCGCCGGGACACUGAAGAACAUCACCCUCGAGACCGGCGGAAAGUCACCCCUGCUCAUAUUCCCCGACGCAGAUCUAGACCAGGCGGCUAAAUGGUCCCAUAUGGGCAUAAUGUCGAACCAGGGCCAGAUCUGCACAGCGACAUCGCGACUAUUCAUCCAUCGCGAUAUCUUCGAUAUCUUCCUGACUCAAUUCCAAGAACUAGUUCAAUCGACCUCUAAGAUUGGUGACCAGUGGGAUGAAUCAACAUACCAAGGACCACAGGUUACUCGCGCGCAGUACGAGCGUAUUCUAUCAUACAUCGAACGCGCACGCUCCGACGGCGCAACAAUCCUCUCCGGCGGAAGCGCGCACAAGCUCGACAACCCCAAGUACGCAAACGGCUACUUCGUGCAACCAACAGUUAUCACCAAUACUACCGACGACAUGGCAAUCUACCGCGAAGAAGUCUUCGGCCCGGUGGUUGUCGUCGUGCCCUUCUCAGACGAGAAGGAAGCUGUCCGUCGUGCGAAUGAUACAAGUUAUGGUCUUGGAGCGGCGGUGUUCACAAAGGACUUGGAGAGAGCGCAUAGAGUGGCGGGUGCUAUUGAAGCGGGUAUGGUGUGGGUGAAUAGUAGCCAGGAUUGUGACCCGAGGAUACCGUUUGGGGGUGUUAAGCAAAGUGGGAUUGGGAGGGAGCUGGGAGAGGCGGGAUUGGAGGCUUAUUCGCAGGUCAAGGCCGUUCAUGUCAAUAUGGGAAGUCGGCUGUAG